CUAAAACAGCAUCUUCGACUGAACACCUUCGCUUAAAGCUGAAACUGCAAAACACUCGCUCUCACUCUCUCUCUCUCUCUCUCUCUGAAAUGGAUCAAAUUCAACACAAAUUCAUUGAAGUCCAAGACCUCAAGCUCCACGUUGCCGAGAUCGGCUCUGGCCAUCAGCCAUACAUGUUGGAGAGUUCUGAAGUGUUUAAAAGUAUCAAACACAUGCCAUCCUAUGGUCCCAAUGUAGUCGUGUUCUUGCACGGAUUUCCGGAGAUAUGGUACUCAUGGCGGCACCAGAUGGUGGCCGUGACAGAAGCUGGGUUUCGCGCGCUGGCGCCUGAUUUCAGAGGCUACGGGUUGUCUGAUCCACCGCUUGAACCCGAAAAGGCGUCGUUUGGUGACCUUAUUAAGGAUCUUCGUGCAUUGCUUGAUGCCCUAGGCAUUGAUAAGGUGUUUCUUGUAGCUAAAGACUUCGGAGUUUUUCCUGCUUGUAUGUUUUCCCUCCUCCACCAAGAGAGAGUCCAAGGAGUCGUGACCCUAGGAUUUCCACACCGCCCUCCCAGUCAUCCCACCAAUUAUCAUGAGCAUCUCCCUGGAGGCUUUUACAUUUCAAGAAUGCAGGAACGUGGACGGGCAGAAGCUGAUUUUGGGCGCCUCGAUGCCAAAACAGUUGUGCGCAAUAUUUACAUACUCUUUUCAAGAAGUGAAUUACCAAUAGCAGCAGCAAACCAGGAGAUUAUGGAUAUAGUCGAUCCAUCUACCCCUCUUCCCUCUUGGUUUACAGAAGGAGAUCUUGAAGAAUACGGUUCUCUGUACCGGAAAUCAGGGUUUCGCACUGCAUUGCAAGUUCCGUACAGGUCGUCUAAGGAGGGUCUGGGUAUAACUGAUUUUAUCAUUAAAGUUCCAGCACUGCUGGUCAUGGGAGGAAAGGAUUAUGCGCUCAAAUUUCCAGGCAUCGAAGAGUACAUCAGGAGCGGAAAGGUCAAAGAAUUUGUUCCCCAGCUAGAGAUUGUAUUUUCGCCAGAGGGAACACAUUUUAUCCAGGAGCAAUCCCCCGACGAGUUGUUGACAUACUGAACAAGUUACUAAGGUGACUGGAUACUCUUGGACUCAACCUGCAUCAACAAUCUUGCCAGCAAAAUACGUCAUUUUUCACCUUCGAUCCUUUCUGCAGCAACUCAGAUGUAGAAGGACUUCCGAGACGAGGCGAGUCGAAGAGGGAAACAAUAGCAUCCCAAAACAAGGAUAUCCUAAAUAAAUUCCUUAAAAAUAUGCGAGAACUGAUGUUGUAUUGAAUCACUGCUAUCAAUAUCUUCUAUGUAUAUAAACAUGUCAUCCUCUGCUUCAUCGGAACAUCGCGAUUUGCUCGGAUAUACAAAACAAAUGUCUA